GGUUAUUUUUAGCUUCUUUCAGUAUUUCUGGAGUUCCUGCUGAAAAGCUUCGAAAAUUGUGUGAAACAAAAUUAAAAAUAAUUUCUGUUAUUUUAGUAGUUUGCCGUGGAGUGAGUCUUGCGCUCAUUCAGAGAUCUCAGUGGCCCCACGGUUCAAAAUAACCAUGGGACUAGGUUAACUUUGAACGACUCGAGAAGUUUGAUUUUGAUUGAUCAAAUAGUUGUUCUGAGAUGCUCCUGGAAACCAGAAUGUGGUGUUAGCUAUUCACCGUUGUAUUCUGCUGAAAAUGACAGCUGUAGCUAUGGCAAAUAGAACAUGGGAACCUUCUUUAUCGAACCUACUGGCCUCUUUGGAAGAGUCGAAACAAGAACUGACAAACUCCGAUGAAGAAUUUUCAUUUUUAAGCAAUCUCCUUCAGUCCAAAGAGCUCCACGCACUAGUUCAGGUGCACAACAAGAUCCUGGAAGGUGGCAAAGAUGAAAAAUGCAAUCCAAUCCUGUCUAGUUCAAUGCAGAUUGCUCUGGAAGUUUUAGAAGUUAUUUUGCCUCGCAUUAAUCUAAGCGAAGAUAGCAAGGAGCUUUUCUUCCUUUUGCAGAGGCCUCACAUGCAGGGUCUUCUCUGCGCACAUGAUGCUGUAGCUCAAAAGGACUACUUUCCUCGAUUACCUGAAAUUCCCCAAGAAGUUGAUGAUAAUGAGGAAACAAUAAAAAUUGUGCAACUAGUAAAGAGCAAUGAACCUAUGGAUGGUGCUUUAAAUGCUGAGCCAAUUGUGGGCGCAACAAUUAAAACGGAUGAAGAUACUGGUAAAAUUGUCAUCGCCCGGGUCAUGCAUGGAGGAGCAGCUGACAGGUCCGGUCUUAUUCAUGUUGGCGAUGAAGUUUGCGAAGUUAAUGGAAUCAAUGUUGAGGGCAAAGUCCCCAAUGAAGUCCUCAAAAUUUUGCAAAAUUCGGAAGGAACAAUAACGUUCAAACUGAUUCCAGCAGAAAGCAAGGAUUCAAGCCGCGAAAGUAAAGUCCGUGUUAGGGCCUUGUUUGAUUAUAAUGCCUCCAAAGAUCAGUAUAUUCCUUGUCGGGAGGCUGGUUUGGACUUCACCAAGGGCACUAUUCUUCACAUCGUUAGUCAAAAUGAUCCUUACUGGUGGCAAGCACGUAUCGAAGGGGACAAAAACAUCAGAGCUGGCUUAAUUCCAAGUCGGACACUUCAGGAAAGGAGAAUAAUCCAUGAAAGAUCCUUAAUGGGAAAGGAUCCUAACAAAGAAUUUCUUGCAAACGGAAGCUGUCUCGGAAACCCGGAGAAAGUCCAGCUUUUGGGACUUUGCUCCGAGUUUGCCAAAACAUCAUUAGGAUUUUCCGAUUGUGAAACUCCUAAAUGCUCAGUGCGUACUAAAAAAAUUAUGUAUGACACUGCAGAAGCAGAUGACUUCGACCGGGAAGAGAUUGCCACGUACGAAGAGGUGAUCAAGUUGUACCCCAGGCCUGGGUUCCACCGCCCCAUCGUACUUAUUGGCCCACCAGGAGUUGGCAGGAAUGAAUUAAAGAGGAGGCUCAUCGCUACUGAUCCUGAAAAAUUUGGUACCCCAGUUCCUUAUACAUCGAGGCCUAUCAGACCUGGUGAAAUCAACGGAAAAGAGUACUUCUUUGUAACGCGAGAUGAAAUGCAGGAGCAAAUAGAAAGUGGAAAUUUCAUUGAGUUUGGAGAGUACAAAGGCAACUUUUAUGGGACCUCUGCAGAGAGUGUUGUUUCUAUCAUCAAUGCUGGUCUUAUUUGCGUAUUGACACCUCACUAUCAGGCUUUGAAAAUGCUCCAGACUCCCCAGCUAAAACCCUACAUAAUCUACAUAAAACCUCCAUCAUUUGAAGUUCUGAAGGAGACACGGUCUUCUGUCCAUGCUCGUUCUACGUUUGAUGAGUUCAACUCAAGAGGAUUCACAGAUGAAGAAUUCCAAGAAAUCGUUCGCAGCUCUGAGCGCAUUGAAUUCUUGUACGGUCACCUUUUCGACGAGAGUAUACUCAACGAUGAUUUGUCAUCAGCAUUCGAACAGCUCCUCUACUCCGUCCACAGAGUCGACACAGAGCCGAUGUGGGUCCCUGCCGCCUGGGCAGACUAAAAGUGUCCUUGCUCUAAGAGCUGUGCAGUCGAAAUUAGUUUGGGACAUGUUAUCAAUUAAUUUUUUUUGUUAAAAGAAUGAUACUCUUGCAAGGUUUUGUAGCAAAGUGGAAAUUCAGUUUUCCCCUAUCAGCGCAUGAAAAGUCAUCGAUGACUUUGAAAAAGUCUUCAGAGGAAAGUUCAAGCUGGAUUCGCAUUAGAAUGAAUGCAAACUUUUUACCUAAAACUUUCAUAUUUGAAGAAAUUUUCUGUAGCCUCUUUUGUCUUUGACUUCGUCAGCAAAGAAAAAUUGAAAAAGAAAUUACAUACGGAAGAGCUUCUUGUUUCAGAGUUCAUUUGAUUCCAAUAGGAAAAUGUAGCCUGUUUGGAAAUUCCGUAUACAUUCUUUGAAACCCAAGAUUGAACCCCAAGAAUGGGUGGUUAGACCCCAAAAAAUCAUACACAGUUAAUUUAAACAGCUCCAAUAUCCUUAUGCAAUUCAAUAUAUGCAGUUUGAAAUUUAUUUUGCAUUCAAGUGUUCCAAAAAAAAAAAUUCUGCAGUGCAAUAACACUAUUUACAAGAUUUUUAACCUCACAUCGACAUUAUGAAAAUAAUAGACAAUGGUGGUGGAAGUAUGUUAUAACAAAGAUUAUUGAAAGAACCUCAAGGGAGUCUUUUUCAGAGUUGUCCUUGUCAUUUUUAUGUUUUUUAUUUUGAAACUGAAAUUUUGGCUCUCUCAGGUGUGCUUUUGGGAUGCAUUGGAAAAAUUGGUUGAAAAAUAGAGUGCACAUACUGGCCUUUUAUUCCUGCUGAGGUCUAAACUAUGACUAUGAUUUUAAAGACCAUCAAUUUUUGUAUCUGAAAUUUUCCCUCCGCUGUUGUUAUCAAGAAGUUUUUAGUUAAUUUCAGAUGUUAUAAUCUCAGAUGAAAGUGCUUCGUUUGCGGUUUUUUUAAAUAGUUUUAAAUCAUGUGCCAAAUUUUUAAAUCUGCCGGGAAAGCUAAGUUUCUCCCCCUCAAAUUAACAAGUUGUAACUUUUCUUGUAAGUCUAAAGGUAAUUAACAGAACUAUUGUUAAGCUUGUACUGUAUUUUUCAGCUGAUUUCUCAACAUUUGUCCAAAACUUGAAUUUUGAAGAGUUCAUUAUUUAAACAUGUACACAAAUGGUUUAAACCUUGUGUUUUCCUACUAUCUAUGAAGAGUGCGUCUAUGUCAAAGAUUGGCCUUUUACCUGGUUUCGGCAAAGUACAUGGAGCAAUGCUUUGAGAGAAUAGCUUCAUUCCACAGCUCAAGAAAGGCAUGGUACAGAGCUGUAACAUAGCAAAUUCUAGGAAAACGCAGCAUGUGUAGAAAAGGAAUCAAUGCACUUUGUCAUCGUUCAAAAUUAUCACCUUUGGAAAGGAAAGACGUUCAAAUCUCUCUACAAAAACGUCCGAUUUCACUGCGUUUUUAUCUUGAGAGAGCUACUGUAGUGUGGAUCGGUUAUGCUUCGUGACUCUGCCUCCAACUGUACAAUAAACUGUUAGAUUGAUUGUAAUUAGAUUAUUUUUUAAAUCUUAGUGAAAUUUUAAACCUAUGAAAAAUGCGCCUCAUGACAGUAUUCGAUAGUCUUAGCUGUUUUCUUAAUUUCUUGUACCUAGGUCUAAUGAGUUCUUCUCCAUUCUGAUUAGUUUUUGAUCUUUGCUUUGUCAGUCAUCCGUGUACAAGCAAGUCUGGUGAAUGUCAUUCCGUUGAUAUCGUUCAGUUAUCUUUAGGUUAUCCCAGUAUAAUUUUUUCUCAACAACAUCUAGUCGCUUUGCUCUUUUCAGUAUUUAUUUAUGAAGUAUUUUUCUGGGUUACUUUUCUUGUCCUCUUUGACGAUAUUUCACUCAUAGAUUAAUAAUUUUAUGUAGUAUCUAUUUUAAUUUUUAUCAGUUUGUUUAAAUAUUUCUCUGACGCCGAUGAUUGUAUCAAUCUCUGACCCAUGGAUUCUUUAAAAAAGAUGAACUAAUAAUCUAAACCUGCCCCCCCCCUCUCUUCUCUCAAAACAGGAAAAAAUUGGACUAAGCUCAUAGAUUGGACAAACAUCUGUAUCAGAGGACUUGUGAACUCCUCAAAUACUAACAUGUCAUAACCCUGCCUGAAUUGGUAUUCUCGAAGACUUACUUAAACUGAUUUUCAGUUUGAUUAGAGAGAAUAAAAUCAUCUUACUCUCGUACUAUCUAUCUAUACUCGAUGGCAGAAAAAUUCAACAAAAAAACAUUCACCAAAAAUUUACUUUUCCACAAGAAACGUAAGUCCUCAGUUCAGUUGACUUUUCCGUCUGUUGAAAGCAUUCUCAUCCUUUCAGAUGUUCUUUUACCAGCGAGCAUAUUUUCAUUUUAUGAACGGACUUAAAAAAUUUACUUUCAAUUUGAUUUUUAACUGAAUAACCAUCUGUACGAUCGAUUGAUAUUAUAUUGUUCUUUAGUCGACCAUUUAUUUAUGUGUCCGGCUCACAAAGAUCUGAAGAGUUAAAUGUAUUGCAAUUGUUUCAAGGCACUCGUGACCUGAUUCAAUUGUUAAUGAUUUUUAUAAUUUAGGCUUAUUCUUUUUGAUUUAUAUGUAUUGAUUUUUUUAAUUUAUUAGCUAUUUAUUAUCUUCUACACUAUUUCAAGUACUUCAUGUUAUUUUCUUUGUACUUCCUUUAAUCAAUGACUUAUUUGCUCUCUAGCUCAAUGUUGAAUCACAGGGAAUUGCUCAUAAUGCUCAAAGUUUGCGAUCUUUCAGUCGAACUGAGUUUAACAGAAACUUUUAGUCAUAUUUUCUUUUGGGGGAGGGGGGAUGAGUUAGGAUUACAGUAUUACCUUGAUUAUCCGACGAUUUGUGGCGCAGGCUGUGUCGGCUACUAAACAAGUUGAAUAAUCGAAACCACCGAAAAGAGACUGAAUAAAUGCCAUUUCAGGCUCUGUUUGGAACUAAUAAGCACAAACUCGGCUGGCUAUUUACUGUAUUUGAGAAACAUAGUAUUCUAGUUGGAAAGAAAAACAACAAAAAUAUUCAAAUUUUGUCCAAAAAAUCUACUUUUGUUGCGUCAGCUGACUUGUUUUUGAUCAGAAACUCAAUUUUAACGUUACAUGACUGAUGUGUUGGGUGAUCGGUGUUUAGAUAAUCAGGGUAUUACUGUAGUUUUAAAUUCAAAUAAUGGUAGAUGUUUUUGUGUCUAAAGUUUGAAAUUGAGACUAGAUGUUUUGAACAUGAAAAUAGUCUUUAACGUUUCCUGUAACAUUGAGUUUUACGGAGGUAUGAGACUUCAAAUUUCUUUUCGAAGUUCAAACAUAAGGCAACUUAGUAUGUUUCUGUUCAAUUCGGUUCAAAUAGUUACGUAUUUUAUUUUGCAUUAAUUAGAAAUGAAGUUUGAUCCACAGUGAAAUGGUCAAGAUUAGUCUUUAAAGGCUCAUAAAGGAACAAUCUCAUAUUUUCAGAUAUUGGGUCUAGCAAAUUGUAGCGAAAGUUUUUUAAAUUUAUUUGCCAAUUUCAAUUUUAUUGUGGAUUUAACCUAAUUUUUAAAUUGUUACUUUCUUCACGGAGUAUCGCAUCACGCUUAGUGUUUAAGAUCUUGCAGCUAGCCUGGGUGUCCUGAAAAUUUGUCUUAAUUUAUUGUUAUUUUGACUGGUAUCCUAUUACUUUCUUUGUAAUUAAACAUUAGUCUCUUUCAAGAAGACUGUACGUGUGGACUUUAUCCCAUCGUUAAAUGAAUUAAGAUUAGGAUUUAAGAUUCUGUUGGGAAUUUUCUGAAAUUCUGAAAAAUUAUUAUUGAACUUAUAUAUAAAGUUCUAUUAAAAAUGAAAAAUAUAUUCUGAUCAAAUUAUGAGGAUUGAAUGCUUUCGCAGAGUAUGUCGAAGGCAAAUGGAUUUUUCCCGCAAUGACACUUUUUCCUCUCUCAGACUUGGAGUCUACUGUUUCCUUUAUGUCUGACUUACGUUCCUUAUUCAAUUAAUCAAUCUCCUCUGGUUUUUUAAACGAACUAUCAAUUUCUUAGAUUUAUUAUCUGGGUGUCAGCAUGGCAGACCAACUGGAAAGAAUCCAGUGAAAAAAAAAAUCAGGGAAUUUUUUGCAGAAUGAAAAUUUUGGAUAUAUUUUCGAAAAGGAUAAAGAGACUCUUUUAGUAUGAAUGUUUGUAUGUUUUCAAUUUACAAAGUCAAGAAAUUUCUGUCAUUUUGGGGUGAAAAAACCUAGAAAAGUGAAAGACUUUUUCCCCUCCAGUCUGUUGACACCCUGAACUUACGUUCCUCAUUCAAUUCAUUAACCUCCUUUUAUUUUGAAAUCACUGAUCAACUACUUGACUUUAUCUUUAAAAUAACUAGAUACACUCACGGAGAUACAAGAUUAUUAUACAUCAUGUUAGAUCUUAGCACUUGUUUACAACUGGUUUUUCCUAUUUACUCGAACACCACAGCCCACAAAGGAAGUGGAAGUUCAUACUACCGUAAGACCUCACAUAAUUUUACUGUAGGUACAUCAGUAGUUGUUGCCGUAAGAGUAUUAUCAAAUAAUGUGUUAAGGCAAAUACACACAUAAGAUUUUUCUAACUGAUAGGAUCCAUCCUCUCUGCGAUUGAAUUUGCAGCCUGUGUCCUUAUAUUCUACAAAGUUAUACUUAGAUUUAGAUCGAAUGAAUCUGUUGACCCUUACUGCCAAAAAAUUUGUUUUACCAAUAGUAUGAUGAUGAAACCUUGUUUCAAUUUGUUUGAGAGCAACGUAAGUUGCCACUAAAUUUUCAGAUCUUUAUUAAUGUUUGAUAUCUCUUCCAUUCACCUUCAUUGACUUACAUAAUGUUGAUUUAUUUGACUAUUGCUUCGCAAUUACUUAAUUUUUCUAGUUUUAAUUCCCUCCAAGACUGCUGAUUUACACUCUUAUCUUAUUUUAUCCCAUGUUUUGUUUUCUCCUGCUCUGUCAUUGAUGAAAUUGGCUUUGUUUCUAUGCUAAUUUUAUUAAAGAUUUGUGUUCCUCA